AUGUGCCGUGCUGAUAUGCCAACAAUUUGUCUUUGCGUAUUACUAAAAAGCGCAAGACUUAUUCUUCCUUACGAUUUGAGUUUUCACUGUUCAGCUCACUCAUUGCAAGUACUGCACAGUGGUCUACAUUUUUUUUCCUCAAUGGAGAGCAUUCGUCUCGAAGUUUACACAGACAAAGCCGUCUAUGUGCCCGGUCAGUCAGUGACGGGCUCUGUUUUUAUCGUCACUCCAAAAGCAAUUGCAGUGGAUAGCGUUCGCGCACGCCUAUUUGGAGAUAUCAAUAUUAAUUUUACAAAUAAGGAUUACAACUCCUUCAAAAAUCAUCGAGUAUUUGUAAAUGAGGAGAAGGAGUUAUGGCACUACAGUACCCUUCACGAAUUGUUGGAUAUGUCGACAGUUGAUAUGAAUGCGAAUCAUUGUAAGACGGGUUAUCUGACUGGUAAAUCACAAUUUCGAUUUUCAUUUCAAUUACCAUACGAUCUCGCUACUUCAUUCAACUGUUCUGGAAGUCCAGUGCAAGUAAAAUACUUUAUAUCGGUGACGCUUCACGUUGAAGACAAAAUAGUAUUUCAACAAGAGCAACCGAUUUCAAUACUUUCUCCACAAAUGGUAGCCAAACCAGUGGGAAGUCAGAAAGUCGUUCAUUCUCGAUGUUUUCCAUUACCAAAAAAUCGCAGCUUGUACAUAGAAUGUGCUCUCGAUCAGACAAUGUAUUCACCAACUGGACGAUUAGAAGCUUCUGUAACGAUAGCUAAUAGAUGGAAACAGUCGAUAAAAUAUGUACAUAUGAAUAUUGUCCGUAAAAUUGAAGUAGUAGGAGCGUCAGAAACAGAUCGAACUGUAGGCGAAACGAAUACCGUAUUCAUGGACACUACAGGUGUCGGUCUGCCAACCUCGAAGCGUAAGAUUGCCGUGGGCGAAACUUAUACGUUCCGACCUUCGUUCAACGUGCCAGCUCUGCCACCAAAUAUGGAGGUUCCGGGCCUUAUGAGGACUUCAUAUUUAUUGAAAAUCUCAGUUGGACGGGCAUACAACUACGUGAUUGCGUCUUUGAGUGUUCCCAUCACGAUCGUAACAGACAUAAUAGACGUGGAGCCGGUAGUUCCCGCUUCAUCAGAUGAAGAUAUUUUGAUAGAUUUAAAUCCAUCGUCAACAUGGGUGCCGACGAAUAAAUCGCCGAUUGACCUUCUCGCAUAGCACUAAUCAUUGUCUGGAUCGUCUCGAUAUCACAUGAUUUGUAUAUACACUGAAAAUCAAUGCAAUCAAUAAAUCUUUAAUCUUUGC